AUGGAUCGAGUGAUCGGAUUGAUUGAUAUGGAUUGUUUUUAUGUUCAAGUUGAACAAAGAGCCGAUCCGUCACUCGCUGGUUUACCGUGCGCCGUUGUUCAGUACAGAACUUACAAGGGUGGAGGGAUCAUAGCAGUGAACUAUGAAGCCAGGCACCUGGGAGUUACCAGAGGAAUGAUGGGUGAUGAGGCUAAGGCCAAGUGUCCAGUCAUUCAUCUUGUUCGUGUGCCUGAAUCUAGAGGGAAAGCCAACCUGACUAAGUUAGUGGGAGUUUCAAAGAUUUUCAAAAAUUAUCUCAAAUACAGAGAGGCUGGGGCCGAGGUGACCAUUGAUCUUCUGCCUAAUACCAUCAUUGCUGAAUAUCAUGGAGAUGGGGAGGGUGGAGUUAUAGAGGAUAGCCUUGACCUUGCAGAAUCAGAAAAGCCACCCAGUCAAAUUCUGACAAAAUUAUGGCUUGAGAAUCGUAGAGACAAGUACAAUGUAAAGCUAGCUAUAGGUGCAUGUAUCAUUGAGGAGAUGAGAGCUGAGAUAUUCAAAGUUACCAGGUUCAAAUGCUCAGCUGGAAUCUCUCAUAACAAAGUCAGAUGA